AUGGAUGGCAAGAAUAAGAAGAAGAAGAAGACGAAGACGACAAAGGAGAAGCAGAAGACGAAGACGACAAAGGAGAAGCAGAAGACGAAGGAGAAGGAGAAGUGUUUAGUCCCUAUUAAGAUUGCGGACUAUGAAGACGAAAUCUGGUGUGACGAACUUCCCAUGGAUGUUGCCCAUAUUUUAUUAGGAAGACCUUGGCUAUAUGAUCUUGAUGUAUCACACAAUGGUAGAGACAAAACCUAUACUUUUAGGUGCAAUGGAAAGAAGAUUGUCUUAAGUCCUCUAGAGCCUAAGAAGGACAAGCAAGAUGAAGAAAAGAAAUACUUGAAAAGAAGAGAGAAGGUUGGAAUAUCUUUGCAUGUUCUAAGCAAUAAGCAAUUUGAGCAAGAGAGUAAGGAGACACAAGUUGUUUAUGUUGUGGUAACCAAGGAAAAUGACUCCUCUACUCUUGAACAUAAGACACCACAUGAAGUGUCACCCAUACUUGCUAAAUUUGCAGAUGUUGUCUCUGAACCUCCAAAUGAGUUGCCUCCAAUGAGCGACAUUUAA